CAUGGCAAUGUUGAAAGAUAUAGAAGGAAGUACGGUGGCGGUGACGGGCGGCGCGAGCGGCAUCGGGCUCGCCAUCGCCGACGCCUUCCUCCAGCGCGGCGCCCGCCGCCUCAUCCUCCUCGACCUCAACCCGCAGCAGGCAGACAAAGCUACCAACACUUUGAACGCCAAGCACGGAAACAAGGCUACCUUCAUUCAAUGCGAUGUCACGAAAGAUCUUGAUCAAGUUACAAAGGUAAUUAUAGACACAUACAAAACUGUGGACGUCUUGGUGAACAGCGCUGGCAUUGUUGACGAAAGGAAUCCCAGAAAAGUGAUUGAUAUAAACUUAACAGCGCUCGUAGAAUGGUCCUUAAAAUUCUUCGACAUUAUGAGGACUGACCGCGGUGGAAAAGGAGGUACCAUCAUCAACAUCUCCUCGAUGUACGGAUUUAUGGUGGACCCUUAUUUACCUACGUACAAAGCAACUAAAUAUGGCGUUCUUGGUUUCACGAAAAGUAAAGGCCAUGAAUAUCAUUUCAAUAAAACAGGCGUGAGACUGCUUGCCAUCUGUCCGGGAGUCACAAAGACGAAUCUUCUCGUUGGUUACCAGACUUAUGAAGAAAAGGAGAAUCAAGAGGAUUUCGUGGCAACAUUCGAAAGUUUUCCCUGGGCGGAGGUCGCCAGGGUGGGCCAGUCUGUUGCCGAAGUGUUUGGAACAGCGAGUAGUGGAACGGCAUGGGUGAUCGAGGGCGACAAACCCGUAUAUGAGGCUUAAGACGGUUGAA